ACCAAACUGUUCGAAAACAACAGCGCGAAAAAGUAGCUCGACAGCUGACGACUAGUAUUAACUACAUGUCUAUCGUGCGAUUUAAUGUACGACGUCUGUGUCUUAACGUUAUAUUAGCUGUUUAGCGUCUUACUUUUUAGUCAAAGGAAACCCUUGUUUGUCGUUGCUUUACUAGUGUUGGCUAAUUAGCUUAGCCAGACGUUAUAUUAACUUCUCAUUGCAGUACAUUACCCGUUAUCGUUAACUAGCUAGCAGAUAUGAAACCCGUGCGAGGGUCUAACCGGGCUGCAUCAAAAGCACCUAACUUGAAAAAGAGGAAAAAAACAGAAGAGAUAACAAAACAAGAAGCAAUAGAGCAUCGGGACCAGGAGCUCAGUGAUGUUAACAGUGGCAAGAGCACCCACCCAAAGCCAGCACAGAAGAGGAAAGCUGAAGGCCCAUCUUCAGCUCCCAAGAAAGUUAAAGGACAGGAAAACUGGAAGGUGAUGCCGAGGUCCUCUAUCACUGCUCUGGAGAACAUAAUGGACCUGGCAAUACUAGCUACUCUUGCUUUGAGACAGAAAGAGAAGACAGAGAGCCAGGAACAUCUGAACAUAAUGAAAAACAGGUUCCUUGCUCAGUGUGCACAGCUCAAAGUUCCAGAACAGAAACAAAAAGAUUUGGAGCGGACAUCUCACCGCCACCAGGAGGAGACCAAGAAGUUGGUGGUUGGAGAGAAGACUCUGGGGACAUUGGAGGAAGACUUGAGGGCAGUGGUUCGUGCUCUGGAGAGUACAGAGGAGCAGACCGUCUCUUUACAGAAUACCUGCAGUACACUGAGAGACCAGGUGGAAGAGGAGGAGGAAAAAGCUAAAGAGAACUUACAGAUAAGUGAACAAUCAGUUCUUGACCUUCCACCUCACCUUCCACAAAAAGACGAGACAACAUUAGAGACUUGGAUGAGAAAAAUGAUACCAGACAGUGACUCAGAGGCCACUGCACGAAAACUGGGAGAAAUUCUGCAGCAAUCAAAGCCCAUCCAGGAUGCCCAGGUGCUUCUUUUACAUGCACACAAACUCGCUGAUCAGCUGUUCAACCCUGGCUUCACACCCACCACUGGUGCAACUUGUUCUGAGGGAACUUAGCCAAAUCUCUCCUUACACAGGUCUGAAAAAAUGUUAUGAAAGCAAGAAAAAUGGACAUGUGUAAGUAGUGUGCACACAUUUUCUGUAGCAUUGGUGCAUGAGGAAAUAGUACUUGGUGUUAAUGUUUCUCAGUUCCACUUUUUGUGGCUGUGAAACAAAACAUGUGCAAUAAGCAAUGGAGCCUAAAAAAUUGCAGCCACUUUGUGUUGAGUUAGAAAUUUCCAAAAUUUCAGUAGUAGUUGUGUUAUUAAAGACCGCAACCAUGUCAAUCAUGAGGAUUUCUUUAAGUUUGGGAAAAGCAAAGAAAGAUUGUGUAAGUAGGUAAAAAAAUGCAGUGUGUGUUGUUCUCCAGGUUUCUGCUAUUGGUUCAGUAUGAAGAUAAAUAUCAACAUUAUAAAUCAGGGGUCACUUAGCAGAUAUUUGUUUUUGGUGCAAAGAAAGUUCAGACACCCAAGUUCUAAAAUCGUUUGAGCCUAAACACCAAAAUAAUGAACUUCAAUUCAAGAAAUAUUGCUGUUAAAAAGAUAUAAACUAAAGGCAAAUUCAUUCUUACAAGCACAGCUGUCAAAAGUGACAAUAUGAUCAGAUAUAAGUACAUGGACAGGAGAAAUGACUUUUGUUUUUCAUGUUUAAUUGUAGACAGAAAAAAUAUAAAGUGCUACCAAGUUUU